UCUUUCUAACUUUCCCUCCUCCCAAAAGAACAUUUCUUUUCUAGAUCUUGUGCACACGUGAGCCAUGAAAUCCCUGGUGGCUCUGGUCCUUCUGGGCCAAAUCCUAGGAUCCAUCACAACCUCCCCUCCUUUUCCUCCAUUGAACACCCGGCUUCCUGCUUGUGAUGAUCCAGAAGUGGAACAUGCAGCAGCCUUUGCUGUGCAUCACAUCAACACCCACACUCUUCAUGGAUAUAAGAUUGCCCUUAACAGAAUUGAGAGUGUCAAGGUUUUGCCAAGGCGGCCAAAAGGAGACAUGUACUACCUUGAGAUGGACUUAUUAGAGACCACAUGCCAUGUGUUGGACCCACUGCCUGCUGCCAAUUGUACAGUAAGGUCAAAGAUGGAACAUGCUGUUGAAGCAGACUGUGAUGUCAAACUACUCAGUCUUGAUGGGAACUUUAAAGUGCUCUCCACCAAAUGUCACUCAUCUCCAGACUCAGCGGAAGAUCUUAGAAAGAUUUGCCCUGAUUGUACACCUAUAUCGAAGCUGAAUGAUAUUGGUGUGGUGAAUGCAGUCGAUGUUGCUCUCUCUGAGUUCAAUGCUAGAAAUGACACAAACCAUUACUACAAGCUCCUUGAGAUCUCAAGAGGGAAGCACACUCAUUUGCCUCCUGCUUCUCAUGUGGAGUUUGCAAUUGUUGCCACUAACUGCACAGCCCAAGAAGCUAAGGACCACAUAGAAGACUGCCACCUGGGAACAGGUGAACAUGUGCACUUUGGGUUCUGCAAAGCCACCAUUUUCGAUAGGACUGUUGCUGGUCCUGCUGAUGCCAAAUUUCCUCCUGGAGAUGCCGUGGACUGUACCAUCUUUGACCAACAGGCUGGAUUUUCCCACACCCACCUGACUGAGCAUCAUUUAGGGAAGAAAAUUCCUUCCCCUGGAGUUGGCCACACUGUGCUUGACCUCAUACAUUCUCACAAUGACACACAUGCAUCACACGAGUCCCACUCUGCUGAAGUUGCUGUGGUUGAAGUUGCAAGUCCCGUGGUCAAAAGGGCAGUGGAUCCUGUACCAGUGGCACCAAUACUACCCGUUCUUCAACAGUGUCCAGGAAAAUACCACCAUUUUAAAAUUUAAUCAUGGAAGAGCCUGUAAGAUAGCCCACAGAUGGGGGUAUACAAAAGAAGUCAUGGAACCAUCUAGUUAAUGAAAUGUCUUUUAUGUUCCUCUACGUCUGAACUCAAAAAAGACUUUACCUGAUAGAUCACAGCUAUAAUUGGCAAACAUUUACUCCCUCUUCUUUGAAGGGCUGUAUGCGUGAUAUGCCCAUUUCCUUUCUACUUAUGAAUAUUGUGGUGCUUCACACAGAUUUAGUAUCUCCUGCCUGCGCUGUUGUUUUUAUUUUAUUUUUAAAGUUUCUAGUCCUUGUGAUCACCAAGUGAAAAGCAUGGAAAUAGUAUAAGUGAUAUCAUAUGAGCUGAAGAAGGAGAAAUAAACAAAAAUUAUGGUAUUCCAGGGAUGGAGAUUCUAUCUGGUGCAUAGUUUGCUAACCCUUCCUUUCAGUAGAAGAAAAAGAAGAAAGUGUACAAAUGAUAUAAUAGCAUAAUUUGUAUACUUUACAGUUCAGGUAACAAACAUGUGAAACUUUGGUCCAGAAUCUGUUGUGGUGGUUGGUGGGGAUUGUUUGGAAGGAAGAAUGUACACAGUGCUGGGCAGAACUGGCCACAAAACCUUUACCAGGUUUCUUGUCUGUAUGGGAUUUUUUUAUUAUUUCCAUUGUCCAAAAAAGCAAAGUUGAGAAAUCUAUAUUCAGAGUGUAAGAAAACCAAACAAUGGUGCUUAUAAAAUAAAACAUUAAAUGCAAAA